UCGGCUGAUAAAAGCCUGGCUCUGCCUCAGCUCUGACGCUGGGCCGUUACACGCUGCACGCUGCCACAACGAGCCACUCUCUGGAUUACCUCGUCUGCUCAUCACCCGUUCUCCACUCCACACCUCUCCUCCAUCUGCUUCUGGUCCAUCUACUCCUCAGCUCUCAUCACAUACCCACCACCGGCUCCCUCAGCUCAGCCCCUCACCUCGUCUCCCAUCCCCCGGACAUAACGCGAGCCACCCUCCCUGUUAGUAUAGUUUUAUUUUAGCCCUUUCCACGGCCGUCUGGUCUGCCCUCAGUUAGUUUAGUUUUGCCCCUCUUUCUGUUUUUUGUCUCUGUGCCUCCCCUGAGGAGUGAUUUUAUGUUCUUAUUAAAACUCCUUUAUUAAUUUAACUGCCUGUCUGUUGCCUGCUGCUUGGGUUCACCCACCGGUUUCUUAACAGAUAGUUCAUCACAAGCCAAAGAGGUGAAACAUUUCUCCUUAUGUCAUAAAUAUUGGUAUUUUUGGCAUUUUGUUUGUUGGUCUUACUCUUUUCUUCUAACCUUGCCAGAAAGUUGAUUUCUCGCGAUAUUUGUGAGUUCACAAAUCUCUCAAGAAACCAUCUUGCUCCGCUCCCGCAUUCACUGUUUGUACAGAGCCAAGUUGGCACGGGCCAAUCACGCAGCAGUAUUCGUGUGUGGGGCGGGAUAUCCGGGUGUGAAGACGACACCAAGCGCCAGUAGAUCAAAACAAACACGGCAACGGAGGACAACGAUCGUAUAGAUGCUGCUAUUAAGUCAGUUUUAGCUGAAUCUCGUGUCGCUUCUUUGAAGGAAGAACAACGAGAGGCUCUUUGCGCAUUUCUGGAUGGUAAAGAUGUUGUGCUUUUUUACCUACGGGUUUUGGUCAGAGUUUAAUCUACCAAUUGGCUCCGCUCGUUGUGAAGAUCCCGCGAUUGGCUAAAAACAAACCUGUCAGAGGCGGGACAUACUGUUGCAUUGUCCAAUCCGUGCCUCUUUCCUCCGAACGGAUUUACAUGGAGCGGUCCCAGAUUGAUAUUGUGGAGUACUAUCAAGUACUACACAAUUAUUAAUCUGGAUAUUGCCAGGUUACUUUUCUUCUUCCUCUCACCAAGUUUAUCAAAAGAGUUCUGGAACAAAAGCCUGGAAGUGAGAAGAUACUUAAAGAAUUUGCAAUGAGAGGAGAGAUGAAGGACCGAACACGUCGUGAACUCGUCAACAUUGUUGUUGCUGAUCUGGUGGAAAAGUACGGGUAAGUGAAAUGCAUCAUGGUUCAUGAUUUAGUGAAGAGUGCGUUCAUAGUAUUUAAUGUCAGACAUCAUUGUCACAAUAGACACAGCAAGUGAUGAACAGUAAAUGGCAAAGGCCAAUGAGCAGUCGUCUGGAAUCACCUUGGAGUGAGCUGGUUUUAUUGAGAUAAUGAUGUAAACACCAGGACACUGCUAUUGUUUAGUUAUAGUUAUACUUUAGCCUAUUCAUAUGGCGCCUCCAAACAACGUGGACCUCCAAAUAGUGUGCCACUUUUGAUGGUACUUAGAUCUAAUCUUGCUGAAAGACUGUUAUAGGGGGUGGGUGUCUUCACUGAAAGGAGAAAGCUAAUUCUUAACAGAAAGAAAGGAUUGCUGUCAAGAUUUCAAGAAAUCACGAUACAAUAAUACUAAUGGAUGCCAAACUAAACAGAUCAUAUUGGUAAUAUUUCUAAUACAUUUUCUGAUGCAUUGGUUUUUUGUACAUGGUGUCAUUAACCCCCACAGGCGUGCUCCACCUAUGGACAAAAGAACACAGUGCUCAGUGGGGAUAGUAACAUUGUUCUCCUCUCUAAAAGAUCCCUACUCCAAAAAAGGCUAUGCUGUACGAUAGAAUGCGUAAUGCUGCCCUCCACUGUUGAAAGGGAGAGCUUAGAUUUUCCUCAGGACCCCUGUACGGCGAAGGAAGCUGUUAAAACUACAAAACAUCAUCUUUUAGGUGUUGCAAGACUUUGACAUGUUAUUUGGAGCUGAGACUGCAUCAAAACUCCUUGAGAAAUGGGGAACACUCAAGCCCAAAGUCAUACAGCAAACCAAAAGCCACCCCUGCUUGACUACUUCAUCCAGUCUGCGGAGGAGAACCCUGAUGAGGAUGGUGAGGUCCCAGGUUGGGAUAGUGACAUGGCUUCGCUGCUACUGCUGGCCUUCCUCCUGCCACCACCGCCAAGUGGAAAGAAGGGAGCUGUGAAGAUCAGUAUCCAGGAAGCUGUGGACCAUGUAAUCAGGUUUCAAAAGUCAUGUCGCAGCCUUCAGGAGCGCUCUGGUACAGAGCAGCGGAGGCAGCCCUACAUCCUAGCAGUUGGGACGACAAGAAGAAGCAUCCAUGAGCACUACAUCACAUUGGAUGGUGAGCUCCUUCCCUGCAAGGCCAAGUCCUCCCUGUCAGCCUUUGAUGAACUUUUCAAAACACAUUAUGUGUUUGGCAUCUCUUAUGACCAGGCCUUAAGCAGCAUGUACAACAUUAAUGUAGGUCAUUCUCACAAACCUCCUAGAGUCAAGGACCUUAGAGCUAAGCUCCUCAACUGAAGAGCUACGAUGUAUAAAUGCUUUGUUUGCAAAUCCACUUUUGUCUCCAUUCAAAAGUUGAUCCAUCAUCUCAAGCUUUCUCAUUCCUUUUAUCCUGGCAAAACAAUUCAGUUAAUGUGUGACCAGAAUGGAUGCUGCCAGAGAUGUUCUACUUUUUCAGGCUUCAGAAAACAUCUUCAUAGUAAACACACCACUGAAAAUCUAUAUCAAGUUGAUAUUAGACCAGUCACUCAUUUAGUUGAUGUGUCUGAUCAGCAAAUGGCUUCAAAUUUCAUUCCAGAUCAGCCAGAGAACUCUCAAAGUUGUAUUGAGACCAGGCAACAUACCCAGGAAAUGUGUGCAUCCCUGACUGCAAAACUCCAAGGCUGUGGUGUGGCUACUACUGUUAUAAAAACUGUUGUUGAAAAUAUGGAGGAACUUGUCGAGGAACUGCAUUCUAACGUCAAAGAGGAUGUUGUAAAAUUACUCCCAAAUGAUGAAGACAUGAGAAGAAAUUUUGACAGUUAUUUUGAGAGCCUUGACGAUCCAUUUAGUGAGCUGAAGAGUGAGACAAAAUGGAAAAAAAUUUUCUGUGAGAAAUGGGGUACUGUAGAACCUGUUGAGAUUGCCCUCGGUGUGAGGUAUGACGUCAGAAGGAAUGGAACCACUGGCAUGUACAAUCAAGUUCCUAUAACAGACGAUUUAUUUUACAUUCCUCUAUUGGAAACUUUGAAGUUCAUAUUCACCAACCAAGAGAUCUGUAAUCAUUUUGUGCAGCCUUGUGAGGAAACUGGGAUUUACAAAGAUUUCUGUGACGGGAACUAUUUUAGAAAUCACCCUCUGUUCUCUGUAAAACCAAAUUCUCUCCAAAUACAGAUAUUCUAUGAUGAUUUUGAAACAGGAAAUCCACUGGGAUCCAAGCAUGGUAUCCAUAAAGUUGGAAGAGUAUACUUUGUUUUACGAAACCUAUCGCCCAAGAUACACUCAGCUCUCAUGAAUAUUCAUCUUUUGGCACUUUUUCAUACUGAGGAUGUAAAGAAGUAUGGAUUUAAUGCAAUCUUAGAGCCCUUUGUACAUGAUCUGAAAAUCCUUGAAUGUACUGGAAUUGAAGUUCCUUUUUCUGAUGAACCAUUCAUGGAACAAUUGCACAAGUGACUGGGGACAAUUUGGGGUUGCACACACUACUUGGGUAUGUUGAGUCCUUCAGUGCAAACCAUUUUUGCCACUUUUGUCUAGUUGACAAAGACGUCACAGACAGUUUUCAGUGAUGAUCCAUGAAUAACACUGCGCAGUAAAGUACUGCAUGCUCAGCACUGCAAUGACCUCAUAGCAGAUUCUACACUGCAGUCAACAUUUGGCGUUAAGAGAACAUGUUUACUCAAUGAUCUGCAGUACUUUCACGUUUGUGACAACUUUGCGGUCGACAUUAUGCAUGACAUAUUAGGAGUGGGGCAAUUUGAGCUGAAGUUUCUUUUUGGUUACCUCUCAGACACCAACAUCAUAUCCAAGAAAGAUGUUUGUAACCGAAUAUACUCAUACAAUUACGGCUUUGUUGAGCGAAAAAAAAUCGACCAACCAGAAUCAACUUGGAGCAGUCUGGAAAUGGAAUUGGUCUCAGUGCCAUUCAGACAUUUUACUUAGUCCGGAAUAUGCCCUUAAUAUUUGGAGAUACUGUGCAUGAAGGAGAUGCACACUGGAGACUUUCUGCUUCUGUUGCAAAUUCUGAACAUCAUAUUUUCACCAGUCAUUACUGAUGGCAUGACGGUCUAUCUUAAGCAUCUCAUUGUCGAUCAUCAUAAACUUUUCAAAGAGCUUUACUCGCAUCGCAAAAUGAUCCCGAAACAUCACUUUAUGACUCAUUACCCCAGAUCCAUUCGAAAAAUAGGCCCAAUUCUUCAUGUCUGGACAAUGAGAUUUGAAGCCAAACAGGUUUUUCAAGAACACAAUCAAAAGUUUCAAAAAUAUCACAAAGUCAUUAGCCCCAAAACAUCAGCAGGCAGUAGCAUACCACUGGGAAUCAAUGCCAUUUGAAAGUGUUAACUGUGGACCAGUAAAAAAUGUUCUGCUCAGUGAUUUGCCAAAUGGUGAGUUGAUUGCAGGAGAACUGCAGGUUGGCUUGGACUGUGAAGUUCAUGUGACUUCUUGGAUCAUUUGCUAUGGGACAGAGUGUCGCCCAGGCCUUCUGGUUUGCUCAAACAUAGGAGAGGAGUCUUUGGUUAAAUAAGACAUUGCUGUAUUUGAAGGAGGGUACUUUCUUCUGACAGAGGACUUUGAGACGCUUAGUUUUGCAGAACAUUUUCAUUCCUUUCAUGUGGUACAGGGAAAUGACGAAAAUGCUUCCCUGCUGAAAGUUGAUGAGUUGCGCUUCUUUAAGCCAUUUGAUUUGCAGAUAACUUCUGGUUUUGACAGACAUGACAAAUAUGUUGUUCCUGUACAUGUUUGGUUGAAAAACUCAACUUUCUUAACAGGUAGCCAUUUUGAUUUUGAUCAUCUUGUGUGGUGAUUGUUAUUUUUUUUAUUGUUUUCUUUGCCCAGAAGCUUCACUACUCUGGUGGUUCUUCUGUAUGGUAAUCCACAUUGUCUUUUUGUUGUAACAGGAUUUUUGGACUGUUGACUUAUGAAAUGUUUUUUUGCUUAAAUGUCCAAUGUGAGAUCAUUUUUUAAUUAAAAAAAAAAAGGAUUAUUGUCCAAGUUAAAACCA